GGCGUUCUGUGGCGCUCCCAAGAUGGCGGCGCCCACGAGCGAGAGCGGGGAAGGGCCGCCGGAGGGGGCCUCCGAACGUUCGCUAGCGGCUGGCGGGGCGGCGCCGUACGGAAACUUCCCGGACUACUCUCGCUUCCACCCGCCGGAAGUGAGGGUCCGCCUCCUGCCCGCUGCCCUUCUGAGCCAGUUGUUUCCGGAACCGCAGGGGGGACCCCUUUUGGGGCUGGACGUGGGAUGCAAUUCGGGGGAACUCAGCACUGCUCUCUAUAGGCACCUUCUUGGGUAUGGGGAGAGCGAAACUAGCCAUGGGCAUUCGGUGCCUGGAAGGGAUUUGUGCCUCCUCUGCUGCGACAUUGAUCCUGGGUUGAUUGAAAGAGCCAAGCAACACAGUCCCUUUCCGGGUGCCAUCUCCUAUGCCACCCUCGAUAUCAUGGACAUCAAUGCAAGGGAGAUGCUUCUGAGUUCCUAUCUGAGCAGGUUUGGCCGCUCUGCCUUUGAUAUUUGCUUCUGUAUGUCUGUGACAAUGUGGAUCCACCUGAACCAUGGGGACAGUGGGUUGGUGAAGUUCUUGUCCUGCCUUGCCUCGAAAUGUACAUACUUGCUCAUCGAACCUCAGCCGUGGAAGUGUUACCGUGCAGCUGCCCGGCGCCUGCGGAAACUGGGCAGGAAUGAUUUUGACCAUUUCCGAUUGCUCACCAUCAGUGGGAACAUGGCAGAGAAAAUAACUCAGAUCUUGGCUAAAGACUGUGCCAUGGAACUUAUGUGUUGUUUUGGAAGCACCAGCUGGGACAGGAGCAUCCUGCUGUUUAAAUCAACAUUGCCUGAGCAUCUGCUGUGAUCAGCCCAAGAGAGAAAAUGGGGAGAGUGAUUGACAGAGCUGCCUGCUCUCACACUUGCACUGCAGAAGUGCAGAAACUGCAAGCGAGCAGAGGAUUCAGUAGAAAAUAAUGCAUUGUUACUGUUUAUUUUACAAAAAACUUUUAAAACAAUUAAGUCAGUUAAAAAAAGGACCUGAAUAUCUCUUGACAAUCAUGAUACAGCUGCCUGAAGAUGGUGGUGAUUUAUAUUUAUACCUCAUUUUCCCCCCAGGAUUGGGAAUCAAGAUUGCUUGAAGAAUGCUGAACAGAGAUUUCUGUUUGUUGAGAGCAAAGUUUGGGGCUCUGCUAAUGUUUUUACUCUCCUUGUGAUGAGAAGGAAGAGAAAAAUGUGUACUAGAUAUUCUUAGCUCACAUAAUUGAGAUAGAUUCCUUGAUUCAACAGAACAUUGAUUUCUAUUUGUUUGUUAAAUAAAAAUAAACGUCAUUGUCUAUAGUA